AUGAUAUGUUCACAGAUUCAAAAGGACCUUGCUACAUGUUGUGCUUUGGAGGUAACCAAAGUCAUCAAGAAUGAGCUUGGAGAUAAGAAUUUUGCGAUACUUGUUGAUGAGGCUAGAGAUUGCUCAAUAAAGGAGCAAAUGGCAAUAAUUUUGAGAUUUUUGGAUGAUAAUGGGGAGCUUCAGGAGAGAUUUCUUGCUAUUAAGCACAUCACAGAUUGCACAUCUGCCGGAAUUAAAGAAGCAUCGUUUCAUGUCUUAAAGUACCAUGGCUUGUCUAUUAAUAGGCUACAUGGACAGCGUUAUGAUGGGGCUUCAAAUAUGAGAGGAGAAUUCAAUGGUUUGCAAAAGCUAAUUCGUGAUGAGAGUCCAUAUGCUUUCUAUGUUCACUGUUUUGCCCAUCAGUUGCAACUAGUGGUUGUCACAGUGGCUCAAUGUUGUCCGGUUAUUGCUGAUUUUUUCAACUUUCUUCCCUUGAUAGUGACUCAGGUGGGUUCAUCCUGCAAAAGAAAAGAUGCAUUGCUUGCAAAGCAUCAAGAUGACUUGAUAGAGAUGAUGGAGAAUGGUAAGAUAUCAUCUGGAACUGGUUUACAUCAAGAAACUAACCUAGCUAGACCAGGAGCUACUCGUUGGGGCUCACAUCUUAGAACCUUGCUUCGUGUUUACACAAUGUGGAAUGCAGUGGUUGAUGUGCUUGCAAUUGUGAUUGAGGAUGCCCGGGAACACACUUCUCAAUCAAAAAACUUUUGUGAGGAACAUGGCAUUGACGUGCCAAAUAUGGAUGAUCUUGUUGGAGCUAUGGGGCAAUCUGCUCGAAGCAAGAAUAAGGUGACUCGAGAUCAUUAUUUCAGGGUGAGCACAUUCAGUGUUGCGAUUGAUGCAACUCUCACUGAGAUGAACCACCGAUUCAAUGAAGUUAACACCGAGUUAGUGGAUUGCAUGUCUUGUCUUAAUCCAGCUAACAACUUCUCAAAGUUUAAUGAUGAGAAACUUAUUCGGCUUGCUGAAAUUUAUGUUGAAGAUUUUACACAAGCUGAAUGGUUGUUGCUAAGAUACGAGCUUCCAACAUUCCUUACAAAUAAUAGGAGAAGUGAGGAAUUUAAUGGAUGUCCGGAUAUUUCUACUCUUGCUCGUUUGAUGGUUCAAACAAUGAAACAUAGAACUUUCCAAUUGGUAUAUCGCCUUAUCGAGUUGACAUUGAUUCUUCCAGUGGCAACUUCGUCGGUCGAGCGAAUAUUUUCAGCAAUGAAGGUCAUCAAAACCAAUUUGCGCAAUAAGAUAUCAGAUGAUUGGCUCAAUGAUUUAAUGGUAUGCUACUGUGAGAAAAGGAUAUUCAAAAGUAUUCCAGAUGAUCAAAUUAUGAUACGAUUUCAGAAAAAGAAAAAUCGCAAAGGACAUUUGCCUCCUGAGUAUGAUGUUAUUUCUUAG